AACCAUCAAGAUAUAUGUGUGUGUGUAGCUCUCUUCAUUAUAUUGCUUCAGCAAAGGACUGAAGUGAGUGAAUCAAUCUGCAAAAGGCUACAUGCAUUCAGUUCAUCAUCAGGCAUUGCAAGGGAUAGUGAAGCAAAGGGUAUUUCAGAGUGCAAGAAAGAUGGGGAAGAUUGUGGGGUUCCAGAAAGUGGCUGCUUUUGUAUCAUAGAUGAGUGUUAUUGUCCAAGGAAACCACCCAGACCGGGUCUUGGCCCCCCUGUUAUUCCUCGCGACUCCUCAAAUCUUAGUCCUGUGAAACCCUCCGCCCCUCUUAAGUUAAAACUUUUGCCAUAUAAAUAUGAAGUCUUGUCUGCUAUAAAAAAAACUAUGUAGUCUAUGUUGGUUUGGAAACUACACUGUUAUUGUUGAUGCGAAUAAUAUAUAGGAUACACAGACAUAUAGGCAUAUGUAUUGGUUCAAAUAAAAUUGCAUCUUCUCAUGCAAAA